AUGCGUGCCGCCGAAACAGUGAUGGUGUACGGCGCAGAAAUAUGGGCCGAGGCGCUGCGAAAGGAGAAAUAUCGCAAGCGCAUAGCCGCGGUACAGAGAAGGGGCGCUCUCCGAAUUGCGUGCUCCUACAGCACGGUCUCUGAGCCCGCGGUUCUAGUGGUCGCGGGGGUAAUUCCCAUAGAUUUACUAGCCCAGGAGAGACAAUUAAUCCACCAGCAGAGGUCCGUUUUGGGUAAGGAGGAGGCAUCAAGACACACCAGGUCUACCAGCAUCGAGACCUGGCAAAGCAGAUGGGAGCAGGAAACUAGGGGAAGAUGGACUGCCCGACUCAUCAGUCGACUAGAGUACUGA